AUGGAAGAAAGGAUUAACGAUAGCGGCAUCAUUGAGUGGCUCGAAGCUCUUAAAAAUAGUUUCGUCACCAAAGCUGACGAGGUGGAGAAGACCAUUCACAGCAUUCAUCUUAGUGAUCCUGGUAUAAAAAGAAUGAUGGUGAACAAUCUGGAAGAUAUGGAGACAUUUCAGCGUUCAAAAAUGACGAUAAUGCUACGUGUACUUACAAUGCGACUAUACAAUUUGAAGGUAUUUAACGAUCUGCGGUUACAACGUCGCGAGGAUGCUCAUUUACAAAUUGGUAUGCUUCAGUUCUUCGAUGAAGACAUCAUGAAAAAACAUCAAUAUGGCAUGGAUCAUGCAAAUAUAGAAUUGUCGUACAUUUACCGACGACAGAAGUUGCUAGAAAAUCUACUCAAAGGGACAGAAAGCAUUGACAAAAUCGAAGCGCUGAAGAAUUACUAUCAUGAACUCGAAAUCCUCAACAAAAAUCUGAGACAAGAAUUACUGAAGAAUGCAUGUAUCAAGCUCAACUUUCCUCCAGCUACUUUCGACAAAGAGAAACCUGGUGAGAUUUUUGGAUUUUUAGAGUACCGUGUUCUCUAUGAGUACGCUGAACUUCUCGCGCUUAAAUCAAGACGAGUUGUUGGUUCCAAACGGUUCAAAUUGGCUCCACUCACUCCAGCCCAUUUGAUGAGAAAGUUGCUUACUGAGCAUAUUGGUUUGGACUUUACAGACCGUACAGCAAUAUCAAGAGAGUACAAAGACGUAGCUAUUGCAACACUAGCUGAUUAUAUCGUACCUUGGAAGAAAGAAGUAUUGAAGCUGUCGAAUUGA